UCGAUGCAAAUGAAGACAGCGCUUGACGAAACACGACUGCAGCUGCAAAACGCUAAGAACCUACAUAUGAGGCAGAUUGAAAUGAUGGAGAGCGAAGAAUUAGCCAGACAAAAGGCUUUAAGAGCUGAAAUGAUCCAACUAGAAGACGUCCUAGGCCAACUUCGUAAAGAAUAUGAAAUGUUACGUAUAGAAUUUGAACAGAACCUAGCUGCUAAUGAACAAACAGGACCCAUUAACAGAGAGAUGAGGCAUUUGAUAACAUCACUUCAGAAUCACAAUCAGCAAUUGAAGGGUGAAGUACAUCGGUACAAAAGGAAGUAUAAGGACACUAGUCAAGAGUUAAAUAAGGUUCGUAAGGAGUUGGAAGACCUGGGUGCACGUACUGGUGCAACAACGAAGGAAGAGACGGACGAGAAACCGCUUACCGUCAAGAAAGAAGAGCCCGAUCCUGAGGGCGAGGAGGGCAGCAGCAUUGGCUGCGUGGCUGCUGGCGCGGUCGGCCCCGACACCAAGCCGCCAGCUAACAAGAACCACGACCGCGCCAAGAUCGCUGAGCAAGACCAGCUCAUCAAGGACCUCAAGCAGCAGCUUAAGAAAGCAGUGAACGAGCAGAAGGAACUGAAGCUGCUUCUGGACAUGUAUAAGGGAGUAAGCAAGGAGCAGCGCGACAAAGUACAGCUGAUGGCCGCUGAGCGAAAGGCCCGCCAAGAGCUUGAAGACCAUCGUCAAAAGGCGAAAAUGGCGCAGGAAAGCAAGCGCGAACGGCGGCUGGCAGAUGAAGACGCGUUGCGAAAAAUUAAACAGCUUGAAGAGCAAAAAUACGAGCUUCAGAAACAACUAGCGCGCCCUAAUGCCGAUCCAUUGCAUGGCUUUUCCAGGCCUUUUGCUGGUUCACAGGAAGAGGAAGCCCUCCUUAACGAGAUGGAGGUAACAGGGCAAGCGUUUGAAGACAUGCAAGAGCAAAACUCUCGACUCAUACAACAGCUACGUGAAAAAGACGAUGCGAACUUCAAGUUGAUGUCUGAACGGAUUAAAGCCAACUCCCUACAUAAACUUCUACGGGAAGAAAAACAGUUAUUGCAAGAGCAGGUAUUGACUCGGGACCAGCAAAUCGAAUCAAUGGGUGCAGUCGCCCGAAGGCUAGAAGAAAAGGAGCGACUGUUACAAGCGACGCUCUCUGCGGUGGAGAAAGAGUUGUUGCUCCGGCAGCAAGCCAUGGAGAUGCACAAACGGAAAGCCAUCGAGUCAGCGCAAUCCGCGGCAGAUUUAAAGCUACAUCUUGAGAAAUAUCACGCACAAAUGAAAGAAGCGCAACAAGUUGUAGCGGAGAAGACGAGUGCAUUGGAAGCUGAAGCGUAUAAAACAAAGAGACUCCACGAGGAAUUGGCUAUACUCCGUCGGAAGGCAGAGCGAAUGAAGAAGAUGGAGCAGGCCGGUAGUAGCAUGGACGAGGUGUUACUAGAAGAGAUCAGAGAGUACAAAGAGACCCUCACUUGUCCAUCAUGCAAGGUGAAAAGAAAGGAUGCGGUACUCACAAAAUGUUUCCACGUGUUCUGUUGGGAUUGCCUGCGCACGCGCUACGAGACGCGACAACGCAAGUGCCCCAAGUGCAACGCCGCGUUCGGUGCCAACGACUACCACCGACUGUAUCUAUCCACUUAGAGAUGCUACAGGUAGGACUAAUUAGGAAUAAAUAAGGAAGUAUAAUUAACUAAUUUACUAUUAAUUAUGACAUUAUACACCUAAUAAGCUAAGAAACUCAAAAGGAAAAUACAUGUUGAAGCCAUUACUUUAUACAAGACUUAAAGGAACGGUCUGUAAGCCAUGAUUUCGUUUCUACAUACCCAAUAAAAAUGAAUAAGGAAUAUAAUAUUCAAGUUUCAAUAAUAACUUGUCGCCCCAACGAUAUAGAAUACUAUGUAUGUUUGUAUAAGAAAUUAUUUACAUAGAAAUUUCACAUAGGACUUAUUACAAACGUAUAAGGUCUACUCUGCACACUUUGCUCCUUUGUAAAGAUGCAGACUAUAAGAAGUGCGACUUUUUCUAAAAAUACAAUAUACUGAUAAUCCACACGCAAAAUAGGCGCUUUGUCGUCGAGUUGCGGAUACCAGCCCGUUGCACCAAGUACCAAGUACCAAGUAGUACUGAUAAUUUGCAAUGGUGGCACUUCUAGUAAAAAAAAUGUAGCAAAUAAAGCAAAAUACGCUACACGAAGGCGCUGUAAAGAAACCGUAUUGUAUAAUCGCCAUUCGCCUUUUAUUACAGAUAUUGAUAAUAGAAUAAUUACAAAUUUUUCCACAUCUUUACGAUUUGAUACUUCUUUCUUUCAUACGGCUGGUUAAAUUGUUGACAGAUUGUACAAACCGCGACUUAAAUUGAAUUCAAACCAAGAGAACACGAUACAUUUUCUAUGGAUAACUUAAAUUACACAAGUAUACAAUAUAACAUAAACUAUACUUAUCAUCACCACAAAUGUAGGAAAAUGAUUGAGACGAUUCUUUAAAAAAAUAAUUAGAAAAGGGCCAGAAAGGGAGAAUAUUAAUAUCAGUUGCCUGGGCGCCUUUCGUGGUUAUCCUACUAGGAUUAAUCAACUCAAUAUUCUUCUUAACGUAUCGAUGCAUGUACUAUAUCGACUCUGAAUUGGCAACUGAUACUAUCUCAAUUUUUUAAAGAUUUCACUUCUUAAUACCACUUUAUACUAUUUCAUACUCCGCAGCGUUGCAAUAAAUUCCAUCUCAAAUGCAUUUAAUUUUGGCGUCAGACUCGACUUCAUUCAAUUUGUACUAACUUCUAACCAGAUGCUAACAAAAUAUAAAUGAUGCAAACAAUUAUUUUCUUCAUCCUGUAAAAUUGUCAGAAUUGAGAUAGUACCGGUUGCCAGUUCACAGUCGAUAAUAAUAUGGCUUGCCAUCGUGGUGAAAGAAUGGUUCAAUCGAUGUAAGGUACUUGCAAGGAGAGUAAUGGUACGUCGUGUGAGGAGGAGGCUCCUUUCAUGUACUCCGAAAUAAAAACUAGUUUAUAUGUAAAUAUUAUCAUUGAAUUUUUUUAUUCCAUACGAAAAGUUGCAAAUUUGUUACUACUACUACUACUAGAUUUUUUUUACUAAUAGAACCGCAAUAAAGAAUGAGAUUUUAAUAACGAUUUUCUCGAAGACUAGAGUGAAUGUUGUGUACACAAGAAUUUACUCUUGUAUUUAUAAGACCUAUUUAUAGUCCAAUUCACAUAGGACUUCUUAUUUUAAAUGUUAUGGCCCCAUCAAGAAAUCUUCGAUUACUUCGAAUCGGUGAUUUCGCCAAUGUCGAGUUGAGAAACUUAAAGUGACCGAUGAAUUUCAAUAGAAUUCACGGAGAGGAGAAAAUACAACGACAGAGAACCUACAGACUAUUACAGAAACAAACUUUUAUUUUUAAAUAAAAUUACACAGGACAUGCACAAAGGGAGAAUGGACUAACGUUAGGAGGAAAUUGAUAUAGGUGACGUAUUUUUUAUUAUUAAUAAUUUUAGCUUCGAUACAAGUUCUUUGAGCUAUGUCUUCGUUUAAUUAUGUUUCUGUAAAUAUGGCCGCCACAAAGAGGAUAGGCAAUUUGAGGCGGCGUGCUUGGAUUGACUCGGGAUUCCUUAAAACGGGCCGGUACGGGUGUUUUAGUUCGAGAUUCGUAUAAUUUCGCGUUUUAAUCUUCGAUUAAGGCACAAUAGCACUGACCUAUUCCACUUUAAACUAGAUUUCACAAAAUAAUUGAAAGUCAAAAUAAAAAACGACGCUUUUCCCACCAAAAGGUCCAGAGUGAAUCACCAUAGGUGACGUUUGAGAUUUGAAGUUUCUAGAGAUGUAGUGAUGUAAAGUCGAAUGGAAAAAAUCUAUUUAAAUAUCUUCUUAGUGAGACGGUUUAUAACGAAGAGAGAAUCGAUUUAAAGACUAUAUAGUUUAAG